AUUAAAUGAAUAAUUAAGUAAAUAUCCGCCCAAUAAUUUCGGCUUCCGCCACCUGUGGACUUAUAACGCGGAGUGUACCUGUAACUAAAGAAGAAAAGAACGAAGGAGGGAAUGAAAAAAUUAAACAACAACGAACAGGUUAAAUAUGUAUGGCGCUGCCAACGCAACGGAACCCAACAACAGGCUUCGACUUCUUCUUCGACGCUUUGUUAAUAUUUCCACGAUGAUUCUUUCCUCUGGCUUGACUCGCCCGUCGCGCGCUGCAAUUGUUCACUUAAUUAAGUGCCCCACUUAGCUAAGUACAGCUUAGGUCGGCUUACACGCGCUUCGGCCGCGGCCAUAACGUUGGUAACAGAUUCUUUGGCACGUCAGUUCUUGUACGCUAUUACUGGGGACUACACAACAGUAGUAUUAUAACAGUGUGUACGGAUACAUGCCAUUCGUUUUGCUCGUGUGUGCUUUAUUUCAUUUAUUUAUUUUUUUGUUACCUUACCACUCUCUUGUUUAUAUUCCCUGCUGGAAAACUUUUUGAAGAACAACGUUUUGUUUGCGAGUGCCCCUUUUUUUUAUAUGGGAUCCUAGGAUUUUCCUGUUAAUUGUUCAAACUAUGUUCGGUAUCAAAUUGGUAGCAGAAGUAAGUUAAGAAGAUGGUGAGGAGCAGAACUCCGUCGCAGGGCGGAGGUUCUCAAGGUUUCGAGAUGGAGCGUAAGUACUCUGUGCCGUCGAAUCCGGAAUCGCGUGCGUUUUCUGGGACGGCGAGCGAGGAUCUCCAUGCUUGGUCCAUAUACAGACAAAAUCUGAAUUCCGAUUUCACGGAUAGCGCUCUUGGUUCGACGGAUAAAAGCCCGUUACCUUACGGCAACUUUCAAUUGAGAGACACAACUGUUCAGUCGAUACUCUCGCAUCCGCGUUAUGGACCCAAAAAUGCCCAACAUUCCAGAUCCGCCCUCGGAUCCAACAUGUACACGUACUUAAAGUUCGGACUGCCCAGGGUCUUUCCGCCAAACCAGAACGGCUCGAACAGAUCGGGAACGCCGCAGCACUUCCAAAGAGGCACUUCCACAAGACCACAAAUGAGGGGUCCGAAGAGUGGAAGCCGCGGACCGCGCGACGGUAGCUCCGGAUACGACAGCUCCGACAACGAGACGACGAAUCAAUACAAGCAGAACAGGAAAUACCGUUCCGAUCCGGACUUCCGUAUGCAGAACGUCCAUCCGUCAUAUCACAUGCACGGGCCGAAUCCGGGAGUGCCGCUGGCCGCUCUUCAGCAAGGCGGAAUGCGGCAACCGAACAGCCAUUGGAACAGGAACAAAAGCAUUUCGGAGGCUAACCUGUUGAGCAGCGAAUACUCGAAAACGUACAACAGUAACACAUCGCAUCAUCAGAUGCGAAAUGAUCCUAGGAGGAACAGCGUCGCCGACUUUGGUCAUCACAAUGAUAUCGUUGAUCAUGGCAGUCAUAUGAUAAGGCCGAUGAGCAAAGCUGAAAGCCACCUAUCUUUGGCCGCCUCUCGAAGAGGUCCUUCAAUAAUUCGCGGAGAUUACCUCUCGCACGAUGAAGAUAUCGGACCCUCGUACAUAUAUCCACACCUUCAGGUCCACAAUUUGGGUGUACUUCCGAGUUCAAACUCUAAAAUCUCUAUGAGGACAAAGCAACACUUGCUGAUCAACGAUGUGUCAUUUGAGGCUCGAGGUGGCGAAGUUCUGGCUGUGAUGGCCACCUCCGAGGAUGAAGGAACGGCGAUUCUCGACGUUAUUGCAGGAAAGUCCAGUCCUGUCAUCGGAGAUGUCCUUUUGAACGGUCAGAACGUGCGGAAGAGCGCUCUCAGGAGUCGAGUCGCUUACGUUCAGAGCGACUCGCACCUUUGCAAAGACAUGACGGCCAUCCAGACGCUACGAUUCCACUACGAUCUCAAGAGACCCACCGGCAAAUUGGAACACUUGAAGAUCGAUGCCAUUGAUCGAAUCAACGUGUUGAUUGAGGAUUUGGGUUUGGAGCAAGUGCGAAAUACUAAGGUAUCUGCGAUGACGAUUUCCGAGCGGCGAAGGUUAAACGUCGCGUGUCACCUGCUACUUGACACUGACAUCGUCGUUCUUGAUCAACCGACGAGGGGCAUGGACAUCUUUGAUACUUUCUUCUUGGUGGAAUAUUUGAGACAAUGGGCGAACGGCGGAAGCGGAAACACGUUGGGACGUAUCGUUGUCCUGACGCUGCAUCCACCCACCUACGAGAUCUUCACGAUGCUUUCUAGGAUCCUGCUAAUAUCGGCGGGACGAACUAUGUUCAGCGGCAGGAGGCGCGAUAUGCUUCCUUAUUUUAAAUUAGUGGACUAUCCGUGUCCCUCCUUCAAAAACCCUUCGGAUUAUUACCUUGAUCUUGUGACUCUGGACGAUUUAUCGGCAGAAGCAAUGUUGGAGUCAUCCCAAAGGAUCGAACAGUUGGCUGAACUCUUUCGUCAGAAGCAGCAACCCAUGUCCGAUCCGGGGCCACCAUCCACACUUCCCAUGACCGUCAAAAGCUCGAACAGUUUCAAGCAAAGUUUCGUGCUCUUCACGAAAGCCAUGUUCUACACUCAGCCUAACACGUUUAUAAAGUGGUUAAGUUUAAUAAUAAUGUCAGUGAGUGUAUCGUUGAUCAUGGGUGCUAUUUUCUGGGAUGUCCCAAACACCGAUCCCCAAUUAAAUUUGAAUGAUAGGUUUGGAUACCAUUAUGCCACCAUGUCGAUAGUAUGCUGGCCUAUUCUUUUAGCUUUAACGUUGAUGGAGGCUAGAUCUAAUAGAAAAACUGUUGAAAGGGACAUCAGCGAUGGUCUCUAUGGAAGAUUCACUUAUAUACUAGUUAAGUGUAUAAUAAACUUGCUACCGUCUUUAUUCGUGUGGUUGGUUUACUUAGUGCCAAGUUAUUCGAUGUGCGGAUUAUAUAUGCAAAGUACAACAAAUUAUACAGGAUUUUAUGUAUACAUAGGAAUAAUGCUUCUUUAUUUGAGUUGCAUGCAAAUUGUGGCGACGGCCUUCAUUUACUUGUUCCCGUUCUCAACGUUUUCAACUAUUCUCGCCACGCUCUUGACGACGGCGUUCUUUUUGUCCACCGGUUACGUGAUCCAUUUCAGAGACAUCGCGUUUUACACCAAAUGGCUGGAUUACAUCAGCCCUCCGACGUGGCUCCUGCCAACCCUUCUGGCAAGAGAAUAUGCACAAGAAGCUAUUGCUAGCAGCUCCCCGACAACGCUAUGCAGAAACAAACAGGUUCAACACAAAGACAUAAUCGUGCAACUUCCGUGUCCGCCUCCGAACGGUACACUAGUUAUGACGAACUUUGGCUACCAUUCUUCCCAAAAGGAGUUUUUCCAUUACGGGAAUACACCUGUAUCACUGGUCAUCUUUUAUGUGAUUUGCGUGGCUUUGGCCUGCAUUGGCUUCAUACUAAAUUGCUGCCGAAGGUCGCGAGGCCGCGAUAAGAGCGGCGGCAACAAGCCCUAAGACACAUUCAAAACGCUAAAUGUUAGCUUACAAUUAUUUGUGCCGUCAAUAUUAAUAAUUACUACUGUGUCU